GUAAACAAGCACGGCCGGCUUUUUCGACAAUGCUCCAUUUACAGAUUCUUACGUUUAUAAAACUUCUCUUGACUUUUGAAUAAUUAUAUCACAGUGAAAUUUAAGAUUUAGAGAAAUGAAGGAGCAUCAAGUAUUAUUACGGAAAAAGUUGAAAGAUAUAUUCGGUUUCGACGAUUACAAAAACGAUCUGCAAAAGAAUGCUGUCGAGAGUAUUUACACAGGAAACCAAGACGUGUUAUUACGUAUGCCAAGUGGAUUUGGUAAGUCAUUGUGUUAUCAAUUACCGAUCGUCGCCAAAGAUGAUGCACUUGCUCUCGUCGUCGUUCCUACAAAUGAACUUGCCCAGGAUCAACUUCGAUACUUGAAGAGUAAAAAUGUUCCCGCACUUAUUUAUCAUCACAGAACGCCAAAAAAUUUAAGGAUAAAUAUUGAGAAAGAAAUACACGAACGUAAAAAACCCAAAUGUAAGAUCAUAUUCAUUUCUCCACAACAGUGUGCUCGAACAUUAGCUUUGCAGCGAUAUUGCAUUGAAAGACAUGAUUUAAAUGUUACACAUUUUGUGAUUGAUGAAGCGCAUUGCAUUAGUGAGCAUUCUAACAAUUAUCAACGUAGUUAUAGUAUUUUAGCUGAAUUACAUCAGAUUUACCCCAAUAUACCAAUUAUUACUAUCACUUCUACAGCAAAUAAUGAGAUUAAAGCAGAUAUUAUAUAUAGAUUCAAGUUAAAAAAUGUUUUAACAUAUUCUAUGCCUUUGUUCAGAAAAAAUAUUUUCUAUGACAUGUUCUCUGUAAGUUCUUUACAAGAUCCUUUGAAACAUUUUAAAACAUUUUUUGAAAAAUGUUUCAAUAAUUUGGAUAAUCCGGAAGUGCAAACUCAGAAAGAUAUUGGAUUAAUAUUCUGUUCUGAUGAUGCAUCAGCCAUAGAUCUAGCUCAAAACUUAAAUUUAGUAGAUAUCCCUACUUUAGCAUAUCAUGAUGCAUUGAGCUUGAAAGAAAAAAAAGAAAUUUUUCUAUCCUGGAAGUCAGGUGACGUUCGCUUAUUAACAGCAGUAAAUUGUUUAAGCAUUGGAAUUCACUUAGAAUCACUCAGGUGUGUAGUACACUGGAAAACAUUCCCUAAUUUGGAAAGGUAUUAUCAAGAGUCUGGUAGAGCUGGACACGAUGGAUAUGAUGCUUUUUGUAGGAUUUAUUACUCUGAAAAAAAUGAGAAUCUCAAAAAUUUUAGUACUUCAAAAUGUAAACAUGAAAUUCUUUCAAGUUAUUUUGAUGACCCUAAGCCGAAUUGCCAAUUUCACUGUGAUUAUUGUAUAAGUGAGCAGAAUUUGAGCGAAGCACCUACAGACUAUGAAUCAUUUAUAAAAAGUUUUAUUGUAAGAGAAACAAAAUCCAAUGAAUCCUCUGAGCAAUGCGAAAAUUCUGACAAAGAAAAUAAUUUGAUUGUACCAGAGUUGUGUAAUGAAAUGUCAUCAACGCUAGAUAGCUCCAAAAAUGAAGGUGAAACUGAUAGCAGGCAUCUGUUAUCUGUUGCAUCUGUUCAAAAAUCAGAUAAUGAAGAAUAUCUUGGUGAUAUAUUACCAAAUGAUGACUCACCACCUGUUGAAGAACAGUUAAAACUCAUAGAAUCUCUUCUGUAUAAAAAGAAGAAUACUGAUAUAUUCACUACAGAACUAAAUGAACCUGGUAAUGAAGAAAACAGCUCUCUGUCUUUACCAAAAAGUAACUCACUGUGUCUUGAAGAACAAAUAAACUUGAUAGAAUCUAUCAUAUAUAAAAGACGGAACAUAAGAUCUUCACCAGAAGAAAUGAUGAAAUGGAUAAAUUCUAGUAUUUAUGAAAACAAGACAAGGAACUUGAGUAGUAAAGUUCAAUAAAAUUAUUUGUAGAAAAAUUAUAUUCUUAAAAAUCUAUUGACUCUUAAAUGGUAAGUAAAGUUUUAGUCAUUAUGUUAUGUUUUUUGAAAAGGAUUCUGAUAAUUAAAUAAUAAAAUUAUGUACAUACCCAUUGAAUAAAGUUUCAAAAUGCCAUCGGAUCUUAUAGGUCUUUUUCAAUCGUGAUCUCAAAGAGAUUGGAUUGGAUGUGAUAGUUUUAUAUCGUAACAAUUAAAAAUUUAUAUUAAUGAGUUAUAAAUAUAAAAUUUAUUUAUAUCAAAUGAAAUACUUAUUUUUAUAAAUAUAUUAUUCAUACUUAUUGAAACACGAUGGCAAGAGAUAUAAUGUAUAAAGUCUUCUACGUUGGAUCGUAAGUUUCUUAUAUCGUGAAAAAUAGUAUUGUUAUUUCUGAGUAAUUUGUGAAGCCUGUAUCUAUUAGCUUAAUUUGAAUUUACGAUAAUGUUUCUUUGUUAUAUUUAACUUAAAGUAUUUGGAUUGUAAUAUGUUAUUACAAUUGGAAAAAAAUUUUGUAAAACUACGUCACUUGAGUGAAUUUCAGCAAAGUAAACUACAUGCAAUAAUUAAUUUCUCUAU